AUGGCGGUGGCAAGCUGCUGCCCUGACCAUAGAGUUUUCUACAAAAACUUUUGUAGGAAACUCUAUGGCCCUGACCAACGCCUUGCCCUGACUGGAGCCAAUGCCUGCCGCGUGUACUCGCCCUUGAUCAUCUGCGUCAUGCUCCCUGCUGUCUUUUGCACUCCCUGGGCGACCAUGAUAGAGCGUGCGCUCUUGCGCGGUGCACCUGACGGAGGGACAUUCUGCACAGCAACCCCCAACGCCCCCUUUUCCGCUCUGCCGACUCAAGUCAACUUGACCCUCAGCGCAGACUGGAAGGCCCUAUCGUCAGUAACCACACUCAACGUGCCAACUAUAAAUGAGCAGCAACCGUCCACCGCACCCUGUGGGCUCGGUGGCUGUGCCACAACACAAUUGUCUAAUCCACUUGUCUUCGCCAUGCAGGUUGGUAAGCAUCGGACUCUAUUCACAAAAAAAACCAGCAACUACUUUUUGGUACAGCUUCCGAGCCCCCAGUGUUGCCUUGCUACCUGUAUCGAGUGCUUUCAUGUUGUUCAGUCCCCAUUACUGAUGUGCGGUGACAUUGAGAGCAACCUUGGCCCCGACAAGCUAGACGUAAUCAUUGAUGAACUAAAAAAGACGUCUGCUGGCCAGACUGAAUUGGUUAAUGAAGUGCAAGAGCUUAAGGGCCAACUGCUGUCAAUGGACCAGAAAAUGACUAAUCUGACUAUGCGUCUCAGUGCCUUAGAAACUCAUUGUGAAAGUCUGCCUGCACUCCACAGUUAUCUAGAGAUGAUUCAAGCCACUUCAGCUGCAACAACUCGUUUAGUUAAUGUGCUAGAAGCUUGUCUAGAUGACGCAGAAAAUCGCUCCCGGCGAAACAACCUACUUUUCUAUGGUUUACCCGAUACUACCCCACUGAAAUGUAUUCGCUUACAGAAGACUUAAUCAUUCGCCACUGCUCUGACCACCUGGACACCCAGUCGAGCCCUAACGACAUCGAACGCGCCCGUCGCCUCGGAUGACACUCUAAGGACAGGAAACGCCCAAUUAUCGUUAAGUUUACAUCCUUUAAAACUAAAGAAUCAAUUCUUUCUAAAGGUUUAGAAUUCAAAGGUACCGACUACAGCGUAGGUGAAGACUUUUCACACCGCGUUCAAAACUGCCAGAAACAUCUUGUCGCUUUUGCCAGGGCGAAGUCCGUGCCUUUUUCCCUGAGAUUUAAAACUUUGCAUAUUGGCCCAAAACGUUACGUUUUUGAUGAACUUUCAGAAUGUGUAAAAGAAAUAUCUUAAGAAUCAACUCAUCCUUGCCGGUCAUCGCACUAUCCCCCACCUAUGCCAUGUGCCACCGUUUCACUAUCAGUAAUCUUUACUAACAUUCGCAGAUUCAUGCCGAAACGCGAUAUCGUAUCAAACCUUGUAACUUCGUCAGGCAACACUCUACUUAUAUUAACCGAAACGUGGUUGAACACUGAUAUCACCGACUCAGAAAUUCUGUUUGACCUGCCCAAUUUGAAUCUUUUUUGUGCUGAUCGCAAGUAUUCUCGCGGGGGAGGAGUUCUAAUUGCAGUCAGCGAACAAGUGUCUUGUUCUGCCAUUAAUGUCGUGUCAGACUUAGAAAUGUUGUGGAUUAUGUGCCGCGCUUCACCACUGACGUUAUUAAGUGGUGUGUGUUAUAGGCCACCUCGCAAAAGUCCCGACUUUCCCUGCAUGCUCCACAAUGCUCUAAAUAAACUAGAUUCAAAGCACCCUAAAGCACACAUCCUACUAUUUGGGGACUUCAAUUACCCCAAUAUCGACUGGAGUAAUCAACCUCAGCCCAUAGUUGGUCAAGAAGAGCCGAAUGACUUCAUUGACGUUUACCUUAAUUUUAACUUGACCCAAGUUGUAUCCAAACCAACAAGUGUCGCAGGGAAAGCAGCUAACACUCUGGAUCUCAUACUGACCACUCAUCCAGACAGCCUUAAUUUCAUUACAGGCCUCCGAGAAAUCAGCGACCAUAUAGUAAUCCAUGCCAAUUUUAACUUCUCACCUGAAUUAAAACAAACUUCCCAGAAAACUAUUAGGCUCUACGAUAAGGGAAACUACGAAGCAAUCAACACUGAAAUAACCGACAGAAGAACUUUCUGUCGGUCUUUGAAACAACCUAUCUUUCCGGAGGUGUAAAUGAGAACUGGAUCCUUUUCAAACAUAAAAUUAUUGAACUAACAAAUGAAUACAUUCCGUCAUGCAGUUUACGAAAGAAUAAUCAGAAACCCUGGUUCACAAAGACACUAAAAAGGCUCGAGAACAAGAAAAAACGUGCAUUUCGUACAGCUAAACGCCACGCAUGAGAAAAGUAUUAUGAAGCUGAGAACGCAUACUUGACUGCGACUGGAAGUGCUAAGUGCUCAUUUUACGAAGUGGUGCUACCAAAAAUGAUAGUUGAUAACCCUAAGAAAUUCUGGAAGGUGACAAACCCAAUUCUGGAAGGUGAUAAACCCGAAGGAAGCACACGCUAUCACCCUCACUAACAAUGCUGGUGAAAUCAUGGCUGAUACCGACUGUGCAGACACCUUUAACACUGCAUUUUCAUCUGUUUUUACCGACGAAUCCGAAGCACCCUGUUUUAUAUUACCACUUAUUAUUACUACAGCCAUGGACACCAUAACGUUCAACAGUAGUGGAAUUUCGUGCAUGAUAGAUAAAAUAAAAAAUUUAUCUGCUGCCGGCAUAGAUGACAUUAAUCCAAAAAUUUUGAAAAACGCUAACCUAGCCUGUUCCAGUAUUUUCUGUUUUUUGUUUUCACAAUCACUUUCCGAAGGAACCAUUCCGGAC